GCAUAUAGAAAGAGCCACACAAUAAAAUAUAGUACAUGCAAACAUGUUACAUUUAUUAUUAAAAUCUAGUAUAUAUGUAAGUUGGUUCUCUGACAUAUAGUAAAUGACAAAAAUGUCCCAACCUGGCUGACUUUUUAUCCAUUUCAUUAGUACUCUUCCUUUCUUCAUCAUCAUCAAUUCAUCAUUCAAUCACUGCAACAAAAGAACAGAGAAGAAGAAAAGAUGGAGAGUGAAGAAAAACAGAGCAUAGUCAUCUUCCCUUUCAUGGCGCAAGGCCAUAUCAUACCCUUUCUAGCUUUAGCUCUCCGAAUUGAACAGAAGGGUUACCUCAUAAACUACGUAAGCACGCCUCUCAACAUCAAGAAACUCCAUUCCUUAAUCCCACCAAACUCCUCCAUUCGCCUCGUUGAAAUCCCCUUCAACAGCUCCGAUUACGGCCUCCCACCGGAUGCUGAAAACAACGAUGAUCUUCCUUACAACCUUGUUCUUCGCCUUCUUGAAGCCGCCCAAGAUCUUGAGCCUUCGUUCAGGAAAAUUCUUGCUGAGGAACUUAUCAAUGGUCAAAGGAAGAAGCCGGUUUGUAUAAUUGGGGAUUUCUUUUUUGGUUGGUUAGCUGAUGUAGCUCAUGAUUUCGGGAUUUUCCAUGCUCUGUUCAGUGGGGCUGGAGGGUUUGGUUUGGCUUGUUAUCACUCCUUGUGGCUUAAUUUGCCUCACAGAAACACGAACGAUGAGAAAGGUGAGUUCUUGCUGCCUGAUUUUCCUGAAGCUGGGAAAUUCCAUGUUACUCAGCUUUCCCCGAGUUUGCUUUUAGCUGAUGGUACUGAUCCUUCUUCAAUUUUUCAAAGAAAAUGCCUUCCCACUUGGGUGAAUUCAGAUGGGUUUCUGUUUAACACAGUUGAAGAAUUAGAUAGGAUUGGAUUAACAUAUUUUAGGAGGAAAUUAGGGAUACCUGUUUGGGCAAUUGGACCAAUAUUAUUGCCAGUUGAUGAAAGAGCCAAAUUGAGUAAAACAUCAGGAAUUACUCCACAAGAAUGUCUUGAGUGGCUUGAUUCAAAAUCGCCAGACUCUGUUUUGUACAUUUCCUUUGGUUCCCAAACUACAAUUUCUGCAUCCCAGAUGAUGCAAUUGGCAAAAGCAUUGGAUUCUGGGGAUACUAAUUUCAUAUGGGUAAUUAGGCCUCCAAUUGGAUUCGACCCAAGCAUGGAAUUCAUAGCUGAAGAUUGGCUGCCAGAAGGGUUUGUUCAGAGGGUAAGAGAAGAAAAGAAAGGAUUGGUCGUGGAAAAAUGGGCACCCCAGCUGGAAAUCUUGUCUCACAAAUCUGUAGCUGCUUUUCUCUGUCACUGCGGUUGGAAUUCAGUACUGGAAUCACUCAUCAAUGGGGUGGCAUUGAUCGGUUGGCCGAUCGCCGGCGACCAAUUUUACAAUGCCAAGCUUUUAGCAGAGUGGGUUGGAGUUUGUGUGGAGGUGGCUAGAGGAAUCAGUUUUGAGGUUGGGCAUGAAGAUAUUAGGUAUAAAAUAGAAUUGGUCAUGGGUGAUAAUGAGAAAGGGAAGGAGAUGAGAAGGAAAGCUCAAGAGGUCAAGGGUUUGAUUGAGCAGACAGUUGUGGAGAAAGAUGGUGUCAAGGGUGAUUCUUUGAAGGCCAUGGAAGAAUUCUUCUCUGCUGCAUUGCAGAUGCAGGAAGAAGAAACACAGCUCAUGGAACAGAGCAAUUAGGAUUUGUGAUCUUUUCAAUUUUUGCUUUCUUUUGAUUGAUUGCGAGUAAAAAGAAUCAGGUACAUAAAUUGAAUCUUUCUGUGCAGGAUCUUGUAAGUAAUUUGAUUUUUUGCGUAUAUAUACAAGUUGAGUACACACCUACUCCUUUUAAAUUCCAAAAUGAGAAUUUGUGAAAAAAUAACAGGUUUUGGGAAAUGUUUUAAGGAUAUGUACAAAAUUUAGGUUCCAAG